UGUAUAAAUCUACAGAGACACUGUCCCUGGCUGUCGCCCAUAAGUUUUUCGCCUCUUCCUUCGUCGUCUACGUCCCCAUUUCUUGAUUUAUUCUUCUUGAAUCGAAUCAGAGGCAGGCUCAGAGACAUCCAUAAAUCUUCUCAUUACAGGUGAAAGAGGAAGGGAGAAAGGGAGAAAGAGAGAAAGAGAGAGACGAAGCAUGGAAACCCAUCUCCUGGAGAUCAAUUUGAUCUCUGCUCAGGGCCUCAAGACUCCCUCUACCAGCUUGCGUCGCUUGCAGACUUAUGCAUUGGCGUGGGUUAACGCAACCACCAAGCUUCGCACUCGCGUCGACAUCGUAGGCGGUGAAAACCCUACCUGGAAUGACAAGUUCAUCUUCCGAGUCUCCCCGGACUUUCUCUCCAGCGAAACCUCCGCAGUCUCCGUCGAGAUCUACGCGGUCGGCUGUCUCAAAGAUCCCCUCAUUGGUACCGUCAGGUUCUUGGUCGGAAACUGCCUCUACCCUGCUGUUCCUUCCCCUGACACAGUCGUUGCCGGUAUCGGCAUUCCCUCUUUCAUCGCUCUCCAAGUCCGCCGCCCCUCCGGCAGAUUUCACGGCGUUCUCAACCUUGGAGCUAUGGUGAUUAACGGUUUAGACCUCCUCGGCUUGACGGGAUUCUCGGCGAUUGGGUACCGUGAUAUGAUGGGCCAUCGACACCACCACCACCGACACCAACACCAACACCAACACCAACACCAACAUCAACACCGCAGGCGGGAGCAACCAAACAAGAGCAGCGAGGAACAAUACGAUUCUUGCGACAAUUCGUGUGGAGACCCCGCGGAAUAUUCCGAUGCUGAAUCGUCUUCGGCUUCGUCUACGUCGACCUCAUCGACGGUUCUGCAGGACUGGAACGGGAAAAGGGACAUACCGGCGGAUGGGAAAGGAAAAGAUUUCGUGGACAUUGGAGGAUUGCUUUGCGGAUUAGGAUUUCAAUGGAAGAAGAAUCAUACUAACAUGAAUCUAUCACAAUGCUGCAAGGGUUGGGGUUUCGGUGGAGCUCUCGUCUGACUCCAUUGCAUCAGAACAUGCAAUUUUUUUUGCAGAUCACUUCCCGAUAUCCCAUUCGAAAGGAAAAUUCUUUGAUGGAAGGUCGAGUUC